AUGGCCGUCAUCAAGGGUGAAGCCAGGCAAGGCUCAAACGAUGACGCUGGCAUCGCCGCACAAGAAAACACUACUCCUCGCACAAUUUCAACCCGCCAAGCCAAUAAACAGCAAGACGAGUCAGAGUGCAUUCAGUGCAAAAAGGCCGGUAAUGAGUGUGUUAUCAAAAAUGAUGAUGAGCGGCGGCGACCGAUCUCGAAGGCAUACAUGUCGUCUUUGUCCGAUCGCAUCGCGAUGCUCGAGGGCAUGCUGCAGGAAAGAGGUAUUCAACCUCCUCCAGCUGUGCAUCCUCCCAGAACGAGACACGAGACGCAGCAGCUGUCAGAAGAACCAAGGGAGCAAAGGCGAUUUCCACUCAAGGGAUCAAUUGUCCCUGAGGUGCCGUCGCCUCCGGACUCUGUAAACGAUGACUACUCGGUACAAGACAGCGAUCAGGCUGAGAAUGCAUCAACCACAAGCCCCUGCUUCCAUGCUUUGGCAGACGAAAAAUUACCGUUCCGUAUGCUGGACCCAACACACGAGAACGUCGUUCGCAAUCUUCUAUCGACGAGAGCGAAUCUUUCAUUUGAUCAGCUGUCUGGAAGACUCCGCUUCUUCGGCCCGACGGCCAACUCUCACGUUUACUACGCCGAUACCAGCGACAACUUCCAGUCUCACAACUUCUGGACGCACUACAACAGUGUGCUCAAAAUCAUACACAAGGAAUCAUUCGAAACUGAUCGGGAGUCGCAAAGCCCGAAGUUCUACUCGUCGUUUCUGCAUAUCGCAAUCUUGGCCAUGGGUUUUCGAUUUGCCAAUGUCGAUCGUGACGAUAUGAAGAGGAUAGCCCUAGGAAACCGGGAGAGUACGUUGCAUAGAGAGGCCAAGUACAUGCUCGACGUUGAACUCGAGAGACCAGGUGGGUUACCCAGCGUACAGGCUCUCCUUCUUCUCAGCGACCUAGAAUGUGGCGUUGGUCGAGACAACACUGGCUGGAUGUAUGCCGGGAUGGCCAACAGGCUAGCUUUUGACAUCGGGCUCCACUUGGACUGCCGCAACAGUGGUUUUGACGAGCAGGAAGGUGAUAUUCGCCACAUGGUGAUGAGAGCCUGCGUGAUAUACGACAAGUAUUGGUCCUUGUUCCUAGGUCGGCCAACGAGCAUCAAAAACCAAGAUGUGGGCAUGGAUCUCCUGUCACGGCGUUUUUUGCAGCUCACGUCGCUCAUGGGAACGCCAGGGCCCUCGAAAAAAGAGAACCAGACUGUGGAAAUUUACGACCAGCUCGUCGAAUUGAUGGAGCUUGCAGGUCGUAUUGUUGAAGCUAGCGACAGCAGACAAGCACCUAAGAACUCUCCUGAGAGAGUUAGAGCAGUCAUUGCUGGCCAUGGUGAUGGCGAAGACAACGCAUACCUUCAAAGCACCAACCUCGAUCGCCAAUUGCAGAAUUGGUACAGGCGGUUGCCAGAACAUUUGCAGUGGAAGCCUGCCAACAUUAAGCAUGCGCCGUUCAGCUACUUUCUUCUACACCAGCAGUACCAUGUCUCAAUGAUAUUACUUCACCGCCCGUGGGCAAAUUACGAUGAAGUUUAUGGCGAAAGCAGUACCGCUGAUGGAAACCUUACGCCUAAUUCUAGCUCCGACUCCAAAGACGUGUCUGGCCAGUGUCACUCCAAUCAUUCUCCGGGAACGGGCAUGUCACAACCACGUCCAGACACCGGCAGAACGGCGUCAUCGCGCAGCGUCUGUAGUUUCCAUGCGAUUCGAGUAGCGAGGAUAUUCUGGCAACAUCGACAACGAUUCGACGGUACCAAGAUUUUUAUCACCGGAAUUCAGCACGCCGGCACAGCAGCUAUCGCCUUGAUUGCGGCACUGACACAUCACCGCUGCGAAUCUGAUCGGCGGACUUACCUAGGAUACCUCGAGAUUCUGGCUAGCGCCAUGAGCGACAUGAGCCAGGUUUACCAGCCAGCGGCACGUAUGGACAGUCUACUUAAAGCGGUGCUUGGAAAACUCCGGACUGACAAUGACAAUCUCGGCGGCGUCAGUAAGCCGCCAGUCAUAUUGACGGGCAGUGAAAAGACUUUGCUUUUAAGCCCAGCCUGGAGGGGCAAUACGGACAGCAUUUACUCUGUCCUACCAGCGAGGCGUGAGGCAGAAGUUGGUGACAAGCAGCCGAACAAAAGACGCCGGCCAUCAACAAGCAGCCGAAGGGCGUCCGAAAUCGCUCGCCCGCCCUUGCCCUUCUUCGGCGCGAAGACACAAUCAUCGACGCGCAGGUCAUCACAGAGCAACGUGUACGCAAAAGUUCAUUCUCCCUUGGAUCCAGCAGCAUACAGUACGGGCGGGGACGAUCAUCAGCUAUUCAAUCUGGACUUUCUGCAUGGCUCGGCGAUAGAGAAUGAUAGAGAAGAAGACGCUGCCGAUGUCAAGAGCAAACCCACCGAGGAUUGUAUAUUUGUUUCGCCGCUGCCCAACAGCUGGGCCCAAGACAACACGAGUAACGGUAACACAUCGCCGCCCCAGAAGACGAAUCUCGGGUAUGGUGGGCUGGAAUUGAAUGACUGGGAUUCUGGAACGUCCGGGAUCGGUCUUGAAUCAAUGACCAGCUUCCAAGCCAGCGGAGGAGGGAGCAGUAGCCGGGAAACCCCACGAAAGGCUCCUAAAGAUGAGCUUGGUCAAAUCACUUUCAAGAACGAGGAAAAGGACACGACAAGGACUCAUCGAGGUUUCGGGCCAUUUGGACACGGAGCAAUGGACUGGAUGGGUACUGAUGGUGAUCUGGACGCCUUGACCUCUGUGAGUCUCAUUGAACUGGUGCAGAGCUCAAUCGCCGGCAAAGGAGACAGGCAUCCCGCGGACGAUGCUCCGAGAAACCAUGAACUGGACUUUCUGAGCCUCUAA